CUUCUCCCAUGAAGUGGUACCUAUAUAAACUUCGAUGGGCCUAGUGUUAAAGAAUUCUCGGCCUCACGAAGCCCAAUACGCUGAAGAAGAGAGGAAGGGUGCGUAUCGCAACUCCAAUGGCGUUAUCCUCCGUUGUUAUGCCGUCGUUAUCUUCUCCGCCGCCACGUACGGCGGCGAUGUUGAACCGCUCCGGUUCACCGUCGUCGGCAUCGUCUUCUGCAUCAUCCAGUGGCCGGAUCUCCGGCUCAACGCCACUAGCCGUCGCUUUUAUGCCGUUUGUGAGAUGGACAUCGCUAUCGUCUUCUCGCCGGAGUUCACAAAUCGUACGUAUGGCACCGGAAGAAGAGAAGAUGACUCGCCGUUCUCCUCUAGAUUUCCCUAUCGAAUGGGAAAGGCCCAAGCCCGGACGAAGACCAGAUAUCUUUCCCCAAUUCAGUCCCAUGAAAACUCCCUUGCCACCUCCUCUGCCCGCUGAUCCUCCGGAAGAGGAUGAGGAAGAAGAAGAAAAGAAAGAGGAAGAGGAAGAUCCUGAGAAAGAAGAUCCAGAUAAACCAGAUGAGUAGUAGCGCAAUCUGAUGAGUUUGUUUCAGCUAGUCAGGCUUGCAUCUACUAUUGUUAUCUUAGCUGUUGCGGCUUAAAUGUGCUGGCCCUAGUCCAUGUUCUAGAAAGAAUUAAUGGCACGAAGAGUUCUCGACUUCAAAAUUUUGUAAUACAGUCUACUAUCUGGACAAUCAGUAGUGCAAUAUAUUGUUUUUUUCGCAUUUACUAUUCUUAGCCUACACGCUGCAUCAUAUGUAGUAUGUACAUUGGCUCUAUUCAUAUUGUACAUUGAGUUGA